AUGUUUCCACUGGUAACAGCGUUUUGUAUUUCGAUAUGUUUGAUAAAUCUGACUAUUGCAGAGUCAGGGAUAUCGAACACAACAGAAAACACGGGUAUAGAGGAACCAAAGCUUCCGCAAUUGGGAACAGACUCUGUUGUUUUAAGACAGCUCUUAAAUCAAGAAACCUUAAUUCGCAUGUCUAUGACGAAAAAUGUCCACGCCAUGAUGAAAGAUAUGGUUUCCUUGAAGGAGACUGUGUUGUCUUUACAAAGCGACAUGUCCACAGCUAAACAAACUGCUAGAGAUGAAAGGGUCAAAAUGGAAAAAGAAACCGAGACUCUCAAGGAUGAAAUCCAGAAAUUGAAAGAAAGAAAUGAAGUUCUCGAAAAGAGACUUUCAGCGCAAAACGCUACAGACUUCAGGAUACUUGCAGAACUUGAAAAGAGCUCGGAAGAUAGAAAAAGACUUGAAAAAGAUUUGUGGACUGGUCAAGAAAAGUUUGAACGGAAUGCAAGCGAAAUACUGUCAGAUUUAAAGAUACAAAUACGAGUAUUAUCAAUGAGUUUAAUGGAGCUGAAUAAGCAUGCGCAGGAAAUUGACAAGACGGUUCCAGAACUAAUAGAAAACAAGUACCACGUUCUCUCUGAAAUGAUUGCCAAUGUUUCAACUUCUCUGUUAGAGGAAACAAACAGAAGCCUGAGCAAUAUAAAAACAGACUUGUCGGAGACACAGCUCGACCAGUUGAAGUUGUCUGCCGCUGUCUUGUCUCUCGAAUGGUUCCGGAACAACAUCUCAAGUGGAGGGUUUGAUGUUAGUGAGAGAAUCGGCUUUACCGUUGGCACAACAUCAGACAAUAGAUACUGGGGAUCUGGAAAACUUGUCUUCUCUAGCGUGCUCUUCAACCAGGGACAGGGUUAUGACGCAUCUUCCGGAAUUUUUACAGCCCCUUCAGACGGAACCUACGUCUUCUACGUCACAAUCACAGCUUACAGCUCAAACACAAUCAAUGUGGAUAUCGUCCACGACAGGAUCUCCAAGGUCAGAGCGCAUGCGUAUGGUUCGACCUCCCAUCAGACGGGAACCAAUAUGGCGGUUCUAACCUUGAAGCGUGGAGACAAAGUGUGGGUACAGUUUGCUUCUGGUGGCGGAUAUUACUCUGAUUCUGUCCCAGUAACCACCUUCAGUGGAUUUAUGAUUUGAAGAAGGCAAAACUAUUUCUCCCGGUUUUAAUUUAUGAAAAUAAAGCCUCUUAGUUA